GAGCAGCGCGGGAGCCGAAGUAAGCAAGUGUUGUGUGGAUACCUAACGCCAUCGAGCGUUGUUUAGCACAUUCAGACGCCCGUUGAAUGGGAUUCUCGAGAAAGCUCACGAUAUGGAUACUUACGCUAUAUGCGGUACGUGAUGUGAGCGUGUCAUGAAACUGCUCACGGGACUCAUCAUGUGGAAGAACUUGAAGAUGAGAUGGCCGUCGAAUUCGAAGGCGUCUUUUCUGUUGUUCGCCGUCUUUUGGAUAUACAUUGUUCUCGCUACCACGACGAUCGUCAAGACUCGUUCCACUGCGGACAAUCUGGCGGCCGCGGACACGGACAGCAACCUGACACGUACCUACAGUAUCUCGGUUUGGAAAGUCGGCGCUCGGAUGAAAAGAAGGUUCCUCAGAUCCUUCGGAUCAAAGGAACUGGAUCCGUUUCGGUUCUGCUCUGUCAGCAAUUGCCGUCUAGUCACCAAUGACAGUGAGGUCGAGCGGAGCGACGCUGUCAUGUUUCAUUUACACUUACUCGAAGAUCUCAAAGCAAACUUGCCAAAACGACCGAAUCCCGAACAGCUGUGGAUUUUCUUCACGGACGAAGCUCCUUAUCACACUUUCAUGGCGAAUCGGGCCUUAAAAAUGAAAGACCUCAAUGGACUCUUCAACUUGAGCAUGACCUACCGAUCGGAUUCCGACAUUCCCGUACCCUACGGCAGAACUGUAGUUCUCGAGACUCCGAGCGAGGAGGAUUACGCUUCGAUUGUGCUGCGGAAGACCCGGAACGUCACCAUACUCGGCUCGAACUGUGGCUCGAAGAAUCGUAGAUGGGAGUACGUGAGAGAGCUCCAGAAAUAUAUCGAUGUGAACAUUUACGGCGGCUGCGGGAAACCUGCCUGUCCGGGCCAUUUUACUCGAGACUGCGAUGUCAUCAGAGAUUACCGCAUUUACUUAGCUUUCGAGAACUCAAACUGUGACGAAUACAUCACGGAAAAGCUCUGGUACAACGCCUACUCCAAGUACGCCAUACCCGUCGUCAUGGGGGGCACCCGCGAGAAUUACGAGCGGCUCUGUCCGCCAAACAGUUUCAUCCACGUCGAAGAUUUCGAUUCGCCUCAGACCCUCGCCGAUUACUUGAGUGAUAUCCUGAGCCAUCCAGACAAAUUGCUGGCUUACCACGAUUGGCGAAGACACUACCAAGUCCUGAAUGAACAUGGCUAUUUCGGGAGUCCAUCGCUGCAUCUAUGUAGAAUGUGCGAAGCGAUCCAGAAACCACGCCAGCCUCAGGUGCUCGAUCACCUUGAAGAAUGGUGGAGCGUCAAACGAGAUUGUAGGAAAUCGCUUUUCUGAGUACAAUC